AUGGCUUCUCCGUCCAAAGGCAGUGACCUGUUCUCGUCCGAUGAGGAGGGCCCGGCGGCGCUGGCCGGGCCGGGCCCGGGGCCUGGGGGCGCGGAGGGGGCGGCCGAGGAGCGCCGCGUCAAGGUCUCCAGCCUGCCCUUCAGCGUCGAGGCGCUCAUGUCGGACAAGAAGCCGCCCAAGGGGGCGUCCCCGCGGCCGGCAGACAGCGCCUCUGCCGGGGCCGCCCUGCGGCCGCUGCUGCUGCCGGGACACGGCGCCCGGGAAGCCCCCAGCCCCGGGCCGCCGGGGAAGCCCUUCGAGGCCGCCUCGGUCAAGUCGGAGAGCGCCGAGGACGGAGCCGCGUGGAUGCAGGAGCCCGGCAGAUACUCGCCGCCGCCAAGACAUAUGAGCCCCACCACCUGCACCCUGCGGAAGCACAAGACCAAUCGGAAGCCGAGAACGCCCUUCACCACGUCGCAGCUCCUCGCCCUGGAGCGCAAGUUCCGCCAGAAACAAUACCUCUCCAUUGCAGAGCGCGCGGAGUUCUCCAGCUCUCUGAACCUCACAGAGACCCAGGUUAAAAUCUGGUUCCAAAACCGAAGGGCCAAGGCGAAAAGACUGCAGGAGGCAGAACUAGAAAAGCUGAAGAUGGCUGCAAAACCUAUGCUGCCCUCUGGCUUCAGCCUUCCUUUCCCCAUCAACUCGCCUCUGCAAGCAGCAUCCAUAUACGGAGCGUCCUACCCUUUCCAUAGACCUGUGCUCCCCAUCCCGCCCGUCGGACUCUAUGCGACCCCAGUCGGAUAUGGCAUGUACCAUCUAUCCUAA